AUGAAUGACACCAGGCACCAGUCUCUGUUCUUUGUCAGUCUGCCAGAGCUACAGAAACUCUGUGCCACUACAGUAAGACUAAGUUCUCAGAUACUGGAAACUGAGACAAGGAGUACACAGAUAAAGAUUUGCAGACAGUUAUUGUUCCUGCAUCAAGACAUCCUUUCUGCACCUGUUAUUGGAACACUAAAUCAAAUUUCAGUUGUAAUGGCGAUAUCAUUUUACAAAUCAGGAAUAUGCCAAGCCUACAUAGAGAAACAAGGAGCUACCCUGGAAGCACCGCAAACAGUUAGUCCAGCCAUUCUCCAAACCUGUCUCUCCUACACACUUACAGCCAGACUUGCACCCAGAUGGAACAAGGCUGGUCAUCUCUUGGUGCAAGGAAAAGAUUUUUUGUCUCAGUCAGGAAAGCAAAAUGCUGUUGUUAUAGACCUCAAUGUAUCAGAGAGACAGCUUUGCAUCAGUGUGGAGGCUUGCUCAAUUCGGUUGCCACCCGCUGAGCUGGGAGAUUUUGAUAUUUCAGCAAACACCUUAAAGCUGUUUGACAGCAGUGAAAAUACAGUUAUUCACCAACAUUCCAUAUUAAGUAACUGGUGCUAUGUUUUGCCAAGCAUGAAAAUGGGCAAGAUCAUAAACGUCAGCCACAUAAUUCCUCCAGAAUCUCCUUUCCGUUCACAUAAAGAAUUUCAGAUGCACUGGAAGAAUCUGUACGGAUAUAUUCUUCCAGAAGAUCUUGAAGAGACAAAAGUAUACUUCAGUGUUUACUUCAAGCCAAUAGGGGAAAGGUUCUUUACGUACCCUUUAAGUUGCAUUCGAAGCCAGCCAGUGCAGUAUUUCCCUAGAACAGAUUCAGAAAGAGUGUUGAACUCUUUUCUUUCUGACAUGAAGUGUAAUCUUUCACAUCUAUGUGGAUUUCCAGUAAAGAUGACAAGUAAAGCACUUUAUGCUACACAGGAACUCUCCAGGGCCCCGGUGCGUGAAAUAAAAUCUAAGUGUAUGAAAUUGGCUGGUGAGAUGGUUUGUGAAGUAUCUCUAACACAGACUCCUCCAAGAAAACAGACUUUGCCUAGAAUUUCUUCACCGUGCAGUAUGGAAAACAGCCACUGGAUGGAGCUUUUGAUCAAAGAGCCAGAAACACAGACUUUUUGGAGUAGCAGUAAGGGUACAGAAAAGGUUAGCUUUGAAGCGACAGAGAAAUCAAUGGAUAAUAGGCAAAUAUCAGGAGUACCAGAGUUACCAGCUGUGAAAUCUUUAGGAAUCCCUGUAAAUUCAGCCUUUGAACUCCCCCCAAAAAAAAUCAGCAAAAUUGUACCAAUUUUCAAAGGAAAGUUGAUGCAAAUGAAUGGAAAGACCACAACUCAAAUGGAUGGGAAGAAAAGAGAAAAUGCUGAAAGACAUUCACCAAUAAAAAUUAUGGGUGUUUCAUCUUCUGUGCUGACUGUGUGUAAGUCCAGCAUAACUCAGGUUUACAAACCCAUUCAAAAUAUGUCAGUCAAAAAUCCUACUCAUAGCAGCGUACUUCAGGUAAUGAACGCGAAAACAUAUGCAAAACAUGGUAUACCUGUAUUUCGAUGGAAAACAGAGUCUGGUGGACAAAUUACUAAUUCUGAUUUUUCUGGUAACUCGGCUUCAAGUGGGAAUUCAAGUGAAGUCAAUCACAAAAAGGCAAAUUCCCCUUCCUUUCUUAAGAAUGUUGGGUCAGUGCUUCAGAAAUUGAACAUCAACCUGAGUCUGAAUACAUAUGCAUCUCCUACUUCCAGUGCAAGAAAGGGAAAAAAGUUUGCAAGUCAAAAUACCACACAAGUUCUUGAGAAACAACACCAGCCAAGGAAAGUACAUUUGCAGAUUUGUAAAUUAGACAAUGAAAUGACAAAUUCUGGUUUAUCACAGCAACAAACAAAGAGAGCAAAUGAAGGAGCAGGUUUAAAUGUUCAUGAAUCUGUCUUAAAUGAUACAGUGUGCAUCGCCAGAAAUGAAGAAAAUAAAGCAGUGUGCCAUUCUAAGGACUAUAUCACUAAGACAACCGGUCAUCAUUCCAAAUCUAACUUUGAACAGAUGAUUACAAGGAACAAGUACCUGACAUGUGAAACACUGACCUCAAAACCGACUUCCUCAAUCAGGGAGAGCAACAUGGAAGCAUCUGUAAAGAAAGGUUGUGCCAGAAGAAGACAGAAAGAAGAUGAUUAUUCAAAGUUAAAGAAAGCCAAAAGAAGUAAGCCUUCUAUUUAG